CAGUGCUAUUGUCCCCGGGCCUGGCCCUGAGCGGGGUUGCGGCCGCCCGCUCCGCGGAAGAUGCCGGACCAAGCCCUUCAACAGAUGCUGGACAGAAGUUGCUGGGUAUGUUUUGCCACCGAUGAAGAUGAUAGAACAGCGGAAUGGGUGAGACCAUGCAGAUGCAGAGGAUCUACUAAGUGGGUUCACCAGGCUUGUCUGCAACGCUGGGUGGAUGAAAAGCAAAGAGGAAACAGUACAGCCAGAGUGGCAUGUCCUCAGUGCAAUGCUGAAUACCUAAUAGUUUUUCCAAAGUUAGGUCCAGUCGUUUAUGUCUUGGAUCUUGCAGAUAGACUGAUCUCAAAAGCUUGCCCUUUUGCUGCAGCAGGAAUAAUGGUUGGAUCUAUCUAUUGGACAGCUGUGACUUAUGGAGCAGUGACAGUGAUGCAGGUUCACCAUACUCUAUUCAGUGAUACUACUUUUGAUGUGAAGGUCGUAGGCCAUAAAGAAGGGCUGGAUGUCAUGGAGCGAGCUGACCCUUUAUUCCUUUUGAUUGGACUCCCUACUAUUCCUGUCAUGCUGAUACUGGGCAAAAUGAUCCGCUGGGAGGACUAUGUGCUUAGACUAUGGCGCAAAUAUUCAAAUAAACUACAAAUUCUGAACAGUAUAUUUCCAGGGAUUGGUUGUCCUGUUCCUCGAAUUCCAGCAGAAGCUAAUCCUUUAGCUGAUCAUGUCUCUGCUACUCGAAUUUUGUGUGGAGCCCUUGUCUUUCCUACUAUUGCGACGAUAGUUGGUAAACUGAUGUUCAGUAGUGUUAACUCAAAUUUACAAAGGACAAUCUUGGGUGGAAUUGCUUUUGUUGCCAUAAAAGGAGCAUUUAAGGUUUACUUCAAACAGCAGCAAUAUUUACGUCAGGCACACCGCAAAAUCCUAAAUUAUCCAGAGCAAGAAGAAGCAUAAAACUGACUUCUGGUUGUUCUGAGACCUCUCAUCCUGAUGAGCCUGUUGUGUUGUUCUGAUUCCAUCAUUAAUGCACUAGUGGAGACUGGUGAUAAGUACUGCUCCUAUAUUUUUAAGGAAUAUAAUAAAGCACGCAAAGCAGGAGAUCCUUUCAGUAAUCACAGAACCUAAGGAUACGAUUCAACUUGGUUAUUUAUAUGUACUGCUUUGACGGCCGUCGACUAAACCAUUAUCUUAGCAUGGUAAACCUGGGUUUGUUCAUAUUUUUCCAGACAAAAAUGUAAAGAUAAAACUGUAUAAAUAUUAAAAAUGGACAUGCUGUUUUAUUCUGAUGCCUCUUUUGUAUAUACUCAUGUUCAGUGUUUUCUUAGAAACAGCAACUCAAUGAAGGUCCUGUGAGGACUUUCCUCACUGGCAUAAUCUGAUUACAUGCCAAACAGGAGCCUGUGCUAAUAUGAGGAAAUGUAAAUUAGUUCUGAAUAAAUAACAAACCAAAAAACUAUACGUGAGCAUUGAAAUGAUCAUCUGAACAACAGAGAUUCUGUUGCCUUUACUUAACCCGUCAGAGAUUCUGUUGCCUUUUCCUUAACCCGUGUGACAUCUCAGAUAUAUAGGGUCAGUUUCCAGGGCUUCCAGAUCACUUUUUCACUAUUAAACUUUAUUUAUGCAAUGUUGACAUCUCAUAGUUCAUAAUGUAAUUUUGACCCAUGUAUUCGUUGUUGUCGUGUUUAUCUGUGUGUGUCUGUGCGUAUCUAUCUGGGGGGUUGUUUAGAAAAGGUGGGCGGGAGGGUGGAGAGGGAGGGACAGGAAAAAGGAGGUAGAAGGCCUUGUGUCACUCAGUGUUUUCAAAUCCUGUAUUUCUAGGACUUGGAGCUGCCAGUUAGUAAUUUAAAUAGAAUAACUUGGGAAAAAUAAUAAAAUUGCUCUUUUUUUCAUUGAUUCGGUUAUUUAGAUAUUUUUUAAUUGCCUCCCAUUUACUCAGCCACUGCAGGGUGCUGUGGGAAACAGUGGUGAACAAGAUAAACUUGGUCCCAGCUCUGACAGUUUGCAGUCUGUUAGAACAAGCAGUAAGUGAACCAAAGUGUGGUCUUGAGCACUUUGUGAAUCUCAGUCAGUGAGGUAAUUAUGAGAACAAGUCUUUAAUGAGUAUCUAGGUAUUUGGUUUGGCUAUAUCCAUUUAUAAGAUAACCAAUACUGAUGUUUUUAGGAUGUUUUGUUUUUGAGUCAGGGUCUCUCACAUAGGAUAGCCUCAAACUUCCUGUAUCUGAAGAUGACCUUGAACUCUGCUCCUCCCAAUUACAGGCUGCUGUUUUUUAUGCAGUGCUGAGGAUUGAACCCAGGGCCUUCUGCAUGCUAGGUAAACACUACAAUUGAGCUACAUCACCAUCCCUCUUUCAGAUCCUGAUUGUCAUAUUAAGGGGGCUAGCUCCUUAAUAGUCUUUGUUUAACUAGUUAUAUAUUUGUUGUUCAAAAGCAGUUACUUAGGUCAUGUUUAAUAGUGACCAUUCUACUGUUCAGCGAUCUGAAUGUUCUUUUGAUUAAAACAAAAAUUUUAAAGCUUAAAAAACGCUGUUCACAGUGUGUGGUGCAUGAUAAUAAAUGGUCCCCUACUGAGAAAUGGGUACUUUAGGAGUGUAACAAAUAUAGAUUGAGCUGGAUUAGAUUGUAAAUAAAACAUACUUUGAGUAAAGACUGAUCUUUCUAAAGGUUGAACUCAGUUUUGAGUUUUAUGGUAUCUAUGUGAAUGACUGUUGAACAUCGAGUUGUAAUUAUCUAGGAUAUAAGGGACAAUUUGACUGAAUUAACCUAACAUGGCUGUUGUUCUAAAGAGAAAAUAUGAACUCUGAUUAUAUAUAAAAAUAACUUAGGUAUCUAGCUGUAAUUAUGAAAUAUAUUGACUUUUAUAAUUCCCAGUGUGAAAAGGCAAAGAAUGACCCUGAUAAUUUUGUUAAAUUGAACAGCGCUUACAGUUAUGCAAGCACUCAGUUCCCUACGUACUACUUUAAUGUCCAAGAUAGGUUUGAUUGGCAUCAAGAUCCAUGAAGGCCAAGGAAACAGCUCUAAUCCCUUGGGGGCAGGAGGUAGAACUUUGUAGAGUUAUGGGGAAGGAACCACAAGUGCCUGCAGAAAGGAGCGAAUGCUAGCCUUGCAAUUGAAUAGUUUCAGAUCUAAAGAGCCUUAUUCCAAGAAAAUAACCCAUGCCAGUCCUGCCCGGAUGGUGACCACCCA